GCAGACAAGAUAAUUUCCCAGGCUGCUGGGAAUGCCAUAGCCCGCGCGGCAGCGCGAUCCAGGGGUGUCCUCGGGCCGGGGCGGGUCCCCGCCACCCCCGCAGGCUUCAGUGCGUCAGGGCGCGUCAGGCGGGGCGGGCUCGGCUCCGGCAGCAGCGGCUGCGGGCGGCGAGCGGCGCGCACCGGCUUCCAGCUCGUCUGGCUCCAAGCGGCGGGACGGACGCUCCCGGGGACUCUCCGGCCCGCGGCUGGCCGCGCUCGGACGGCGCUCGCCCGCAACCGGGCGCCGCCAGCAUGUCGGCCGCCGUGGCUUGCCUGGACUACUUCGCUGCCGAGUGCCUGGUGUCUAUGUCCACCCGCGCCGUGCUGCACCGGCGCGCAACGGACCCCGAAGGCGCGAGCGCAGCGGCUGUCUCCGAGGUGGGUGCAGUGUCUCGGGAGUCGGCGGGGAAGGGUACCGGGUCACGGGGGGUGCUGUGGAUACCCCCAGUCCUCCAGGUCCCCACCCCGAGCCCCGGAGAAGGCGAUGGCGCGCCCCACCUGCUGGCUGCGAGCGCUUUGGCUGAUUUAAGCUGUGGUGCCCGGGAAGACUUCAGGGAAGACUCCGAAGAAGCUCCGUGUGCCUCAACUAGCUGCUUCGAGCCGACCUGGUGCUCCAGCCCUACUGGGGGCUCUGAGCCUACCCAGGCCUUCUUCGAGGAUGAGCUCUCUGACGCCGAGAGCUCCUGCAGUGAUUCUGCUAUCCUGGAUGCGCCUGAGGCCUCAGAGGAGCCGGAUGACAGCGGAGAAGUGCCCGAGGGGCCCCCAGGGGCCCGCCCUGCGCCAUCAACGGGCCCGACGUACCGAAGGAGGCAGAUUACGCCCGCAUCCAAGCGACAUCAGUGCUCCUUCCAUGGCUGCAACAAGGCCUACUACAAGUCGUCGCACCUCAAGUCACACCAGCGUACCCACACGGGGGAACGCCCCUUCUCCUGUGAUUGGCUCGACUGCGACAAGAAGUUUACGCGUUCUGAUGAGCUAGCCCGCCACUACAGGACGCACACCGGUGAAAAGCGCUUCUCCUGCCCGCUGUGUCCCAAGCAGUUCUCUCGGAGCGACCACCUGACCAAGCAUGCUCGUCGCCAUCCAACUUACCAUCCCGACAUGAUCGAGUACCGAGGUCGUCGUCGCACUCCCCGCCCUGAGCCACCACCCCCAGCCAUGGUGGAAAGCUCUGGUUCCGACUCCAGCUCCUCUUCUGGCCAGGAGACCAGCUUCACUGCUUGCCUGUAGGACUGUCUUGCUGUCUAUCUUUCCCUCAAGCACAACCCCCACCCCCGCUGCCCCCCAGGCCGUUGUCCAUGCCUUCUCUCUGUCCAUUCCUAUUUUCCAGGGUCAUUAGACCGAGGUACAGACUGGUUGCUCCGCACUGGGGAUGGGUUCAGACAAACUUGUCGGACUCUGGAGAGGGACUGGGAGCCAGAAGAUAGCAGGAAGUCCUGCAACACAAACAUCUUCUGAAAUGAACGGUUUCUUCCAAACAGCCUGCAGGAACCUUUGAGAAGGGAUGAACUCUCCAGCGUACUGAAGUUUCUUCCCUCCAUGGCACCAGAGAUGUAAAACUGAAUUCUGAGAUGCUGGAGGAUCUCCCAGUUCCAAAUGACUCUGGUGUCUCACCCAUUGGCCAGGGCGGACUUUGGAGAGGGUGUCCAGGGUGGCAGCCUUGGAAAUGUCCAGAUUUGGAUGAAGAGAGGCCUUUGGAAACAGAAAAUAUUUCUAUUUCUGUAAACAGCAAUGUUUACUAAUUUAUUUUCGGUAUCUUGUAAACAAAAAUUCAGGUUGAUGGGAAGCUAAUGUCUUUGACUCUCCCGAUUGCCCCAGCUACCUCUGCUUUGUGGAUGUAUGGCUGGGAGAUGCUUUUUGGUGCCUGGGGAGUGGUAUGAGUCUGCUUGCAGUUCCUAUAGCGUAAUUUUGAACCCCGCACUCGCAUUGUAACCUUUUUUUUUUUUUUUUUUUUCAAUUCCUUCUCAGGGGUGGUAACUUUCUGGCUCACGAUUAUGGAGAGAUUGGUUAAGUAUUUUGGAAACAAUCAUAACAGCACAAGAGAGAAAAGGCUGGUCUGAAAUAGCUUCUCCUUCACCUAGAAUGCAAGCCCAAGUAACUUUUGAGUGGGACAGGUACAAAACAGCACUUUUCACAACCUUUGUUAGCUGUUCCAUUGGAGCGGAGAGAUGAAGUUCCUGAUGCCCCACCCUAAGUAAUCUUAGGGGUAGUAGAGUCUAUUCACCUCUUAGUGGCUUAGUAGGGCUUAAUUUCAGUGAAGGUCUGUACAUUGUUGUUUCUGUUACAGGUGAAUUGGUGGGUGAGGGGGAAAAGUGAGAGAUUGGUUAAUUUUAGAGAGCUGCUGUCUUGGAUUUGGGGUGAGAGCAGCUAGACAAUAGCUGUUAUCAAAUAGGAGCACCUUUCUCUAGCAUCAGAAUCUUAGGUUAAAACCUCAGGGCCCUUCUGCCCCCUUGAAGGAAUAAGAUAUCAGAAGUAUUCUUCUGUUGUGUGUCCCAGCUACUGUGGAUUGAAAUCACUGAUGUUUGUGUGUACGUGUGUGUGUGCGUAUACGUGUGUGUUUCUUUCAUUAAAUAUGAGGCUGAAAGGCCUUUCCUAACCCGAUGAGGUCCCCUAUGAUCCCCUCCUGCAUAUCUUAAACCACCCAUCAAUCACACUUGUAAAGGGUGUUGUGAUCUCAUGGAGUUGUAAGAGUCACUUGAGUAAGCAAAUUGCUUUCCCCUGUUUUAUAGAUUAAAACGCUGAUGCUUAAAUUAUCUUAAAAGUUAUAUGCUAAGUUUCUGCCAAGAGCUAAGAGUAAAAGUAAAAUGUAUUGACUUUUAAAUGGUGUUCCUUUGUGAUUGUGUUCCCAUGUUCUCACCCUACCUCCCUAUCACCAUGAUCCCCCUGCCAUCCUGUUUUCUGCUGCUGCUAUAAAUCUUUAAAUGCUGAG